UGACCAUUCUGGAAAGGUACCCUCACAAUGUUAAAGACAUGUGGCCUGAUUCAUGCUUGCUUCCUUCCAUUCCUGGAGUUUUAGAAGUGCUUUGUAGUGUUGGGAUGGUCAUUUGUCUCCAGGGGCGGACUGACCAUUUGGAAACUCGGGCACUGCCCGAGGGCCCGGGGUCAGUAGGGGGCCCCAUGAGAUGCCCCUGGUACCUUUUUCAUAGGAUUUUUUGAGUUUGGGCAAGGACACAGGGGCCCCAUGAUCCCCUAAUGCCCGGGGGCCCCAUGA